AUGGAUACUCAACCUUCCCUCCCUAUUCCGAUCUCGUAUACUUCGGGUAGUUACUAUCUCUUCUCAAUUGAUGCUGUCACGUAUUUGAGACGCGAACAUCACAUCUGUGGUGUCUUGAUCGGUACCCUGCCGCAAAUCCCGCAACAAAAUGUCUUCCUGGGCUUGCCGCUAGAGCUGAUGCCUGAAGAGGCCAGGCUUCUGGUGGAGAAAGGUGUAGCUUGCAUUGUAGACGAGGUAAAAUUCCAGAAGGAUGGAAUGAAAUCUAUCAUGGAGGCAGACCGGCAGAGGUACCUGCAAGAUAUAGAAAACCAGGGUCUCCAAGCAAUGCGCCUUCAGACUAGCCGAAAGGAGCUGAGAAGGGAGGAAGCGCUAAAAAAUUUAGAUGAGAAGAAGGCAGCCAAGGCAAAGAGAUCUGCUCCAAAACAGGUCUCCGCAGACGGCCUGCAAGACAUGCCGGGCUCUGAGUUCUUUGCAGGUGACGAUAAACAAACGAAUUCCACCCAGACAUCGCGACGAACCUCAAUUGCAAUCCAACCUCAAAACGCCAUGGGAGUCACUCCCGCUACAUCCGAAAAUCUUCUCCCUUCUGAACUGCCUGCUGAGCAGCUUUUAUCACUGCCGGAGGUGCCAUCAUCGUACCCCUUGUUUGCCCACCUUCACUCGGAGGGCUAUUAUCUAUCACCAGGUCUCCGAUUCGGCUGCCAGUAUCUUGCAUAUCCUGGCGACCCUCUGCGAUUCCAUUCUCACUUUUUGGCCGUCUCCGCUGAUUGGGAUGAGGAGAUUGAUUUGAUGGAUAUCAUCGUCGGAGGUCGACUAGGCACUGGUGUCAAAAAAGGCUUCCUCAUUGGAGGAGCCGAGAAAAAGAAUGAAGACUCGAUCAACGAAGCAGGCAACAAUGUGAGGACCUUCAGCAUCGAAUGGGCGGGAAUGUGA